UCGGGCAUUGAAAAUAAAAUAUCGCAUAUUGCAAACAAGUAUUAUUUUAAUGAUUGUUUUAUUUAUGAUACCAUAAAUAAAAAUAAUUUGACCGGUAAAUUGUGAUAAUUAUGUUUUUAUUAACUGUUAGUAGUAUAUUAAUUAUUUUAAUAUCUUGGUUAUUAUGGACAAGACGGAGUCGAAUCAAUAUUCGUGAUAAAAAAAGAGUGUGUAUUGUUGUAUUGGGUGAUAUUGGACGCAGUCCACGAAUGCAAUAUCAUGCAUUAUCAUUUAUGAAUGAAGGAUAUUUUGUUGACAUCAUAGGAUAUUUUGGUUCUGAACCACUAGAAGAAUUGAAAAAUAAUGAUAAUGUCAAUAUUCAUUAUUUAACACAUGUACCAGAUUGGAAUAAUCGUAUGCCGAGAUUAUUGUCAUAUAUUAUAAAAACAUUAUGGCAAGCUAAUGAUUUAGUGAGAAUAUUAUUUACUAAAAUCCAAUCGAGUUAUUUAAUGGUACAAAAUCCACCUGCUGUUCCAACUAUUCCAAUAUGCUGGUGUUAUUGUCGUAUGUUUAAAACACAAUUUAUUAUCGAUUGGCAUAAUUAUGCGUACUCGAUAAUGGCACUAACAAUUGGAAGAGAUCAUUUACUUGUUAAAAUAACUAUGUUUAUUGAAUCAUUUUUUGGUAAACGUGCUGAUAAAAAUUUUUGCGUUACCAAUGCUAUGAAAAAUGAUUUAAACGAAAGAUGGAGUAUAGAGGCUACAGUUUUGUAUGACAGACCACCACUGGCAUUUAAACCAAUUGAUUUAUCUGAGAAACAUUCCUUGCUAACUAGACUAAGUAAAACUUAUGAAGAGUUUGGAAAUGGUCAAGAAGAUUCAUCUGCUUUAACAGAAUGUUUACCUAAUGGUGAAAUUCAACUUAGAAACCAACGACCAGCAUUAAUUGUAUCUAGUACAAGUUGGACUGAAGAUGAAGAUUUUUCAGUGUUACUUACUGCUUUGAAAGAAUAUGAAUUGGCUUGCUGCAGUGAAAAUUCUAUGUUACCAAAUUUAAUUUGUGCUAUUACUGGAAAAGGUCCUUUAAAAGAUUUUUGGACGGCUAUCAUAAAAUUUAAAAAAUGGAAACACGUUAAAAUUGUCACUCCUUGGUUAACAAAUGAAGAUUAUCCUAAGUUAUUAGCAAGCGCAGAUUUAGGAAUAUGUCUGCAUACAUCAACAAGUGGACUAGAUUUACCAAUGAAAGUUGUUGAUAUGUUUGGAUGUGGGCUACCAGUCUGUGCAUAUAAUUUCAAAUGUCUCAAUGAACUUGUAAGGCAUGAAGAAAAUAGUUUAGUGUUUUCAAAUGAUCAAGAAUUAUCAAUUCAGUUGAGGACAUGGUUUUACAAUUUUCCAAAUGAUCAACAGCAAAUUGAGAAAAAUCAAAGAUUUCGUCAGGAAUUAGACAAUUUUCAAAAACUUCGAUGGACUGGUAAUUGGAGAAAUGUACUUAUGACGAUCAAUAAUUAAAAUUGAAAAACUAUAGGUAUUGUAGCACAAGAAACCAGUUAUCAUAUGCGAAAUGUUUAUAAUAAUCAGUAUAGCAGCUAUAUAGCGGCGUCAUAUGUGAAACACAUAGAAAGUGCUGGUGCUCGUGUUGUACCUAUAAGGAUUGGACAACGCGAGUCAUAUUAUGAAAAUAUAAUGAAUAAAAUAAACGGAGUCCUUUUUCCUGGAGGCUCGACUUUUUUCAACACAACUAAUGGUUAUGCUGAUACCGUUCGAAUAAUCUAUUGGAUUGCAGUUCGUAUGAAUGAACAAGAAGACUAUUUUCCACUGUGGGGAACUUGCUUGGGUUUUGAAGCAAUGACGUACAUUGCGGCAGGUGAUGUUGACGUACGAGUAUCAUGUAAAGGAGUAAAUAACGUAGCUUUACGGCUGAAUUUUACAAAAAAUUAUUCUAAAAGUAGAUUAUUUAAAAACGCACCGGAAGAUAUUAUUGAUAUCUUAAAAACUCAAGCAGUAACUGCAAAUUUUCAUAAAUUUUGUGUUACGAAAGAAGGUUUAGAAAAGGUCAACUUGUCAAAUACAUAUCGAGUAAUGACUGUAAACUAUGACGACAAUGGGUUAAAGUAUAUUUCAACAAUGGAGCAUUUUAACAUGCCAUUUUAUGGUACACAAUUUCAUCCAGAGAAAAAUAGUUUUGAGUGGGCUAAUCGAUUAAAAGGAAUACCUCACAGCAGCAAUGCUAUUAAAGCUGGCCAAUAUUUCGCAAAUUUCUUUGUCGAUGAAGCUCGUAAAAAUAAUCAUUCAUUCGAAUCAAGGGAGGAAGAGAUUGCACAUUUAAUUUAUAAUUAUCCUAUAACAUACACUGGCCCAACGAAUUCAUCAUUUGAACAAUGUUAUUUAUUCGAUGAUACGUUAUAAUAAAUUAUUUUAUGCUCAGCUACUAAAUAUAAGAUUAUCCGUUAUUCAAUCAAUAAAUAUUAUUGAUACUAUCAAUAUUAUCAAUAAAUGAUUCAAAUUUUAAGUAUGAACUAUUAUAACAUUUAUAUUAAAUGGUUUUUAUUGAUUUUAUUCAUUAGAAAAGAUAUGAUAUUUAUUAUCAUUUUUUUGGUGUAAUUUUAGUUACGGUUAUGAUAUAAUUUAUGACAGUUCAUAUAUUACAUUGGAAUAUAAUAUUUGUUGUAAGGUUGUUGUCGAAAUGUUAAAUAUUUUUCAAAUAAAAUCACUUUCACACGGCAAGUAUCAUGAAUUCGAUUUUUAUCACAAAGGAAAUAUGUAAUUUUUAAAUUAGGAUACUAUUCAUCAAUUAAUUUCAAAUUUAUGUGGCAGCAGAGUAUAAUAUAAUUAGUACGGUGGAGUAUAAUAAUGGACGGUGUGGCUCAAUAAGUUAUAGAUCAAAUUGAACGGAAUAUAAGUAUAGUAUAGAGCCGAAUAGCUCAACUGGUAAAGUACUCGGCAACAGUCAAAGAUGGUUUUCAAUAGUCUUUUUCUGUCCAUCACAAGAUUAACAAUUACUGAGUUAAACCCAUGAAUAAAAUAAUUUAUAAUCAAAGUGAUUUCAAACUUAAAUAGCCUUCAGGUUAUCACUAAAGUAUGCGAGAGCGCGGCAGUGUCCAGCAGCUCCACCCUGUUUAGAAAAUCUCAUAGAAUCCAAUAGAUCCUCAUAAAUUCCUGUAGAAAUUUUAUAAGAAUGAAUGAGUUCUAUGAGAAGUGCUAUAGUUAAGUAUAGGGCCUUAUACAUACAGCUAUAAGAAUCUAUCGGAUUUUUUAAGCAGGGCAACGACACUACAAAA